GCUAAAAAAGGGCAAAACACCUGAAAUGAUCAUCGGAGUAAAGCUUUUCCGGUUAUUUUGACUCCCUCCUCCUCCUCCUCUAAAAAUCUCUCCGCCUUUUACAAAUCUCGAUUUCCUUAUUAUUUAACGCCACUAUUAUAAAUUUUGUAUGGAGCAGCUGAAAUGCAAUUUUCAUUUUCGCCAACCUCAAUUCACCCCUCCCCUCAAACGCAAUUCCCUCGUCGUCGUAAACAGCUACAGGGAAGACUUUCCAGUUUCUUAUUGUAGAUGGAAAACUCUUGAAGUUCAGUGUGGUAAUGACCAAAGUAUCCGCCAAUUGGCUGUUUCCAAAGGUGAUAAUUCAAAGCUUCCUGAACUCAUUUUUAAUAGACUACAGCUUAGCGAUCAGGAAUACUGUGGAUUACUUAGGCGAAACUUUGGUAACUUUGUUGCACGUGAAGCUGUACUAGAUGAAGAAUACUGGGUAGCAGCAUGGCUGCGAGCAGAAGCUCAUUGGGAGUCUUUGUCAUAUAUGCGGCACGUCGAUAGCUAUAAAAGGAAAUAUGCUGAACAGGAGUUUUAUGCUCUGAAGCGACGAUGCUGCAGACAGGAAGGAAAAUCCUUGAAGUGCUGCUGUUUUGUUGCUGUUAAAAAGGAAGACAAGAAUGUCAGAAGAACUGUUUUAAACAGUGUUGUAGGAACUAUGGACCUAAGCAUUCGUCAGUUUGUUCAAGGGGAAACGUAUCCAGGGGAGGUGAAUAGACUAUCUGCUGUCCUGGCAUCUCAAGAGCCUUUUGAUGCACAUAAGUAUGCUUACAUCGCAAAUGUUUGUGUUUCAAAGUAUGCUCGCCGUCAGAAAAUUGCUUCAAACAUGGUCUAUUUGGCCACUGAUAUGGCCACCUCAGAAUGUAUGAAGCAAUUAUUCGUUCAUGUAAAUGUAGAUAACAAGCCUGCUCAGGAACUUUACAAAAAAACGGGUUUUAAGAUUGUUUCAGCCGCCUCAACUCCUCUGUCAAAAGACCAAAGGCUACUCAUGUGUAUGGAAUUGUAAGUUGAAAGAGUGCAAACUGCAGUUUUACUUUACACGAGUGAUCAUUUUUUAAAUUAUGUUUAUUUGACAUAGUUUUGAGCCAAGCUCAUUGGUUCUGUUGUUGUUUAGCUUUAAUGUGAUGAAGCUGCACCUGUAUAAAAGUGUGCGGUUAAUGUAUGUAAAUAUGUCAUCGAAAAUUUCCUCUUUGAUAUAGAAUUAGCUCAAGCCUUUAACUGAUGCACUGAUUUGAUGACGCUUGUACGUAUAGGAAACCUGUGUAUACAAAUAUAUCUAAUAUGAUAAAGCAUGAGUUUGUGCCUUUUACUGCUUCA